AUGACGGUUGAGCGUGAGUUUGAUCGAAAUGUUGAGGAUGUACAGUAUGAGAUCAGUCUGAAGGAGAUGGCUCGCAAGCUUCCAUUGCUACUCAAUGCAAUACUAUACUCAUGGUCAGUCGAUGGCAAUACCAACACGAAUGACAAAUGGUUAGUCAAGUUACCAAUAUUCAAAUACAGGUUACAAAGUUCAUUCAAUUGUGGAUUGGUCGCCGCAAGGAUGGCUAUUGAACAUUUGAUGGAUAGAGUGUACGAGGAGGCUGCCAUGGAUAUGUUGCAAAUGUCAAUCAAGAGGGGAUACUCUCGCGAGGGUGAGAUGUUCUCAGCAUUCGAUCUGGCCAGUAUAACAAUGGACUACUUUGGCAAUCCUAUAUUGGUACCAUAUGACGCAGAUAAGAAUUGGAGACCAUGUAUUCAGAAUGGACAUCGGCCACAUUGGGCCAUGAUCAUUGGGUUUGUGUUGCCAAUGUCCUCAAUGCAUCGUGGAGUCAUCAACAACAAUCAAUCAACAUCAUCAUCAAACAACAUAAUCAAUGUACAUUACUUCAAUUCCAAAGACAAGACAUCAUCGUCAUCACUACACUUCAUGGACACGAAUGACUCAAUAUCAAUUACACUUGGAAAUAAUGAUUAUGAUCAUGUGGACGACGCUUCAUCACUUCAAUCCAAAUCACAAUCACACUUGAGGCUUGAUCCUCGUGAUGUACUAUUAGUUUGCCAUCAUUCCAAGAGCAAGGUCACUGGGCUAUGGGAGUACAGUCUUUUGAAUGAAUCAAACUCAUCGCUUCAAGAACCAGAUCCAGCGCGUCUUGCUGAGAACCGUUGGUUGAUACCACCCAAGCUUACCAAUCUUCAACACAAAUGGAUAUUCAUACAGCGACACUCAACAAACAAUUAA